GCGUGUUUACCAAAUAAAACAUGUCAGGGCUUACUUUCCCAGGAGGACUGGUCACCUUCGUCACGUCCGUGGUCGUGGUCGUGUUCGUGUUGUCCCUGAUGGUCACCAUCGUGCUCGGCAUCUCGAUGCGCAGCCCGGAGACGAUGCCCGCCGAGAAGAACAAGUUCUCGAACUUUGCCGGCCUGGCCAUCCUCUUUACAGCCUACGGCGCACUGCCUGCGUCGGCCGUGCUGCUCGUCAUUGGCCGGAACAUCAUGAACAUGAGCGUAGCCGCCCAGGCCUUCAUCUGCAACCCCUACUCGAGGAGAAAUCCCAGCCUUGUGGAUCACAUACGUUUUGCAGCUGAGGUCAACCGCAAGUACACUGCGCACAUUCUGGACUACCUCACUUAUCCGUCCAGCUUCACAAAAUGUGCAAGCGCCCUCGAUAAAGCCAUCAAGACCGACAUAGAGCCCCUUGAAAUAAUAGAUAUCGGACGAGUGAGGAGAAAGCUGCUUAGCGGGCCGUCAGCAACAGCGUUCCGUCACAAAGACGCGGACUUGAGCACUCUCCAGCAGUACGUGACUGACUUCAAGUCCUACGUGGAAGAAGAGAGGCAACGCAUAAGCAUCGUACCCGAAACAAGUAUAACCAAGUUUAUCGACUACAUCACGUUCAGUCUUGCCACCGGUGGCGACGCCCUGGCUGCGAAGAUGUCUCAGGUCAUCGAAAAGAGCUACCGAAACAUUGUGAGAAAAAGGGUUCUGAGACUCGAAGCAGCAUUUUCUGGCGUCAGGACCAAUGUGAUCGCUGCACUUGGACACUGCGAUGAGCUGAAACAGGCCUACGACUCCGGGGUUUCGCUUAUGUGCAACGUCAUUCUGUCAAACGCGAACGGCUUCUGGGUGGCGCUAGUCAUCAUCUCGUUUCUGCUGACCUGUGCCUCGUUCACCUCCAUGCGGCUCUCGAGGAAAUGUCUCAAGAUGAACAAGCGGGAACUGGCCGUCUCCGAGGACGAGCCGGUGGGACACACCCUCAAGGAAAGCGGCCAAAGCAUUUCGCCCCAUAUCCGUCCGAAAGUCGUGACGGGUCGCGAGGAAUGCGGCGACUUUCGGGGUGCCAAGUCACCGUCGGACAACGACCUGGACGUGACGGUCAUCGGCAGCGUCCAGAGCAACAGAGACGGCGCGUAUAGGAGGAAAGCCGCGCAGGCACUGCCUAUCGCUGGCGCCGUGCUGUUCGUCGUGGCUGCAGUCGGACUGUUCUCCUUCUUCGUGGGCCACGGGAGCUCUGAUGAGUUCGGCGCCGCUGCAAAGAUGAGGGUCGACGACGGUUCGACCACGGACACCGUGCUGGCAUUCCGCAGGGCACUGGACGCCGAACAUGCGACGGACAUGGCGGAACCGAUGCCGCUGCUGACCGACAGGGCGAAGAGGUACGGCGCCACUACCAGAAAAGCGGCGAGGAGGAAAGCCGUGACCAAGAAAAUGACCAAGAUCAUCACCAAGGAGAUGACAAAGAAAACCACUGACAAGCCUGCCAAGGGGAAGACGAAGAAGCUAGCCACGAUGCCAGCCAAGGGGGUGAGAAAGAAAACGACCUCGAACACGAUGGGAAAACGCAGAAGCGUAGACAAGCGUGGCGGGCUGAGGACCACUGCGAUCGGCGCUCGAAAGAGGGGAUCGUUGAAACCGGAGAAGCGGUCGGCGUCUAGCAAAGUCCCACGGAUCGUCAUCACAAAGCAUCCGAAAUCAAAGACUGUAAAACCUAAUCGGAAGAAACUGCGGCCCAAGAUGAACGCCCCUGACGCUGUGGAAACAUCGACGACGACGACGACGACGGCGGCAGGCGGUGUCGGAGAGGACGGAACGAACGUGAUAGCCGACGAAAACACCGACUACGAGGCUCUGGUGAACGAGAACCAAUCGGAAUCGACGCAGCCCACCGAACAGUAG